GCCAUGCCAGCCCCACAAAUCGACUAUAAUUUAGGGAUCUGCCUCUGCUACUGUCUUUGUUUGAUCAACGUGGCGCCAUAAGCCUUCACUUCGCAUUCUCUGGAAUACGUAGUUCGAUCUCUUACACAGUCUCGAGCCAAACCCAGUAAUUUUCCCAAGAAGAUUUACGAGAAAUACUUCCGCCUCACUUCUUUUCUCUCCUUAUUGGGUAUGCUAAAAGAUAAGAAAAUUCCUAGCUUUGUGAUUGGUUUUAGAUAGGAGGUACAACAAUGGCGGGAAUAGCUAUAGUCCUCGACUUAUUGCGGAAAAAACCAAGUUUAUACACGGGGCAAAGCCUCCACUCUAAUGGGUUGUUGUCGGCCACCGCCGCGGCCUCUGCAGCUGCCGCCGCCGUUUCCGCAGGAACCCCCUUUGCCUCUAGGGCGUUGUUCGGGAUAUCAGUUGCCCACUGUGAUGCUGGAGCAGCAUUUUCUGAAGAUUACAUUUCCAGUAUACGAAGAGCAACUGCAAAUAUCUUUCAGCACGAUUCUUUGAAAUACGGAGUGAAAGAAUACAAAAUUGUGUUAAAACCUUUAUUCUCAGCUUUCGAAUUAAGGGCAUUUGCUAUGACUUCCCUAAGGUCAUUUUUGAUGUUCUAUUUGCCUCUUUUGGAGCCUCAUUCAACCACGGAGGAGGAUGAUGAUGAGUUUCUUCAGGACACUCGAGAAGAGAGCCAUGUGGAUUUGGUUAUUCCUUUCAAAAAAUCAAUGAAGCAAAUUAUCCGCGAGACUACUGUUGUAACCACUCGGCGAGUGCUGGAACGAAUUGUUGUCCAUUAUGUUUCACAGAGGAUGGCAUGGAAACUUCUGAAAGAUGUUCCAAAAUCUGCUGUGCGCAAGUCUGAAAGACGGAUGCCUACAUUGGUUUACUUCUUCAGUGUUAGCAGAACAACUUUCAGAGGACACUUUCUAGGGGUUGCAGCAUCAUGGCUUGUCCAAGUUGGCAUUGAAAUCUACAGAUACUUUGGUGCUACAAUUGAAGAGGAGAAUGAUGAUGAUCUUGAUAAAGCAGAAAGAGUUAAAGUUCUGGGGAAAAAGGUUGCCGGUGCUACUGUGAGGUGUAGUGCCUCACUGGUUUUUGCUUCCAUUGGGGCAGGGAUUGGUGCCACCCUCUUACGUCCUUCAGCUGGGCAGUGGAUUGGCUGUGCCGUUGGGGAUUUGGCUGGGCCCAUUAUCGUAUCAGUUUGCCUCGGGAAAGUUCUUCACGUUGACCUUUAAGCACUGGGGUUGAAAUAUUUGGGGCAUAUUCCUUUUGCGUCUGCUUAAACUUGACUGGACUGCCUAACUGCUUAUACAACAAUGGUGAGUUUGAGGUAUCUGAUGAUAAUGCUACUACAUGCUUAACAUGAAAGCUAUGGCAUUUCAUCAGAAAUUUUCCUCUGUAGGGAGGGCCAUUCUCAUCCCCUUCCUUUUUUUUUUUUUUUUGGAUGAAUUUUCCAAGUAAAUACAUUUCUGCUGGUGACUUGUGACUUA